UUAAAAAUCUAUUAAAUUUUUUUACAGAAUCGUCAGCCUGUAUUCUUACCAGCAAUGUGUCCGGUCAAUGAGUUAUUCUAUCCGGGAGAUCAGAAAGACGAUUGGAUAUGCGAUUGCAGACCAGCGCACUUGUACCACCCGGCGUCAGAUUUGUGCUGGCCAGCUUUCCGACAAGGCCCAUGUCCAGAAGGGCAGUAUCUAACUUUACCACAAGACUCUCCGAUACCAGUAUGCCAGAACAAUCCAUGUGCCAUCGACAGGCAAGUACAGUGGAAUGGAAAAUGCGAGGUUCUAGGGAACUCGGCACCUUGUAACCACUUGUUCCCCACUCCGGCUGCACUAGGAGUCAACGCCACGACACUGGUAGUCAGCUGUGUGCGAUUGUCUUUCAAUAACCGGUUUACUGAACGCGUUACCACCUCUGUUUGUCCGCCUGGAUGCAAAAGGAGCAUCAAUGGUAAAUGUCCUGUUAUAUAUUAAUAAAUAUUAAAAAAAUUAA